CUAUCCCCUCCACUCGUUGCUUGGGAUUCCUCCGCUCGCGGCAAAAACCUCCGACCGAGCAGAUAAGGCGCGGCCACCACCCCCGACCACCGCCACCGGCCAUGGUCGGCGUCGCCGCCGGCUUCGCGUUCGCGCCGGCCGUGUCCCGGCGACUGCCCUACAGGCCGUGCUGCUCCACCGCCCACGCCUCGGUACCCUCGUCCUCGGCGCGGUCGUCGCUGGCCGCGCGGCAGGGGCGGCCGCGGCGGCUCGUCGCCGUCGCGCGCUACUCCGCGUACGGGAGCGACGAGGAAGACGACGAGGAGGGCGGGGGCGGGCGGCGGGACCGCCCCGAGCAGGAGCAGGACCCCGCCCUCGACAUCGAGCGCAUCCAGUCUUCGACCGUCAGGCUGCUGGAUGCCCAGAAAAAUAUGGUUGGUGUUAUAUCUGUAAGCGAGGCAGUUCGAAUCGCAGAUGAAAAUGAUCUUAUGCUGGCAAUAUUGUCACUAGAUGGAGAUCCUCCAGUACUCCGACUCUUUGAAGAGAAAGAUUACAAAAAACACAAGUACGAACAACAGAAGAAGAAAAGAGUUCAGCAGAAAAGAUCCGUUGCAAAACGCAUGGGCUUGAAAGAGCUGAAAAUGGGGUACUGA